UGACAUGAUAUAAACGAUGAAUAUCAAUUAGUUACAGGAUUAUAAAACAGCUCGAUUGAGACACUAGGAUCAAUCACUUCUACAGUACGUACGAAGAGUGAACAGUUGUAAACUGAAYAUCAUGAAGAACUACUUUAUCUACGCUUUAAUCAUCCUUUUWUCGCUUGAAAACUCCUGCCAAGCUAAAAGAGCAAAAUGGUCAGCACUUCGGAUUCUUCAAACAGGCGGAGAGGCCUACCAGGGUCUCAUGGAAAGUGUUCGACAAGGCGCUAAGCUGGGAYUAUCUGAAUGYAAGAAUCAGUUUAUGACCGAAAAGUGGAACUGCAGCGUCUCCUUUCGCAACAAACGACUAACUGAGAUGCCAAUAUUCGUCCAGUCAAGUCUUCCGUUAGCCAAUAGGGAGACAGCGUUUGUCCAUAGUAUCAGCGCCGCUGGUGUUACCUACCGUCUGACCGAGGACUGCCGAAGAGGAAAGUUUGAGAACUGCGACUGUGUCCAGAAUAAAAAAUCCAAGAAAGACUGGGGUGGCUGUAACGAUAACGUACGCUUUGGUGACAUCUUGGCCAGACAUUUCCUGGACGCCUUAGAGAAGAACAAGAAAGCUAGAAGYGCCAUGAAUCUCCACAACAACCAGGUUGGACGCAAGGCUGUCAAAGCCACCUUAAAGAAAGAAUGCAAGUGUCAUGGCGUCUGUGGAAGCUGUUCAACCAAAACYUGCUGGAAACAACUCGCUAAUUUCCGUGAAGUCGGCAAGUACCUGAAAGAAAAAUACCUCAAAGCCAAAGCCGUCUUAAUCAAGAACUCCAAACUCAUGCAGAAAGUCAGCCUGGUCCCAGUCCCCAAAAAGGAGCGCAGCCUGGUCUUUAUUGAUUCGUCUCCAGACUACUGCCGUUUCAACGCAAUCACUGGCUCCCUUGGUGUCCUKGGUCGAGUAUGCUACAGUGAUGACCCCAAUUAUAAUAGAUGUAAUGAUAUUUGUACUUCAUGUGGUUAUAAGCUUAAGAAAAAAUUAAUCGUUCGUUCGGUGAAAUGUGAUUGUAAGUUCGUUUGGUGCUGUAGUGUUCAGUGUAAGAAAUGUAUGAAACUUGCUGCCAUGACAACAUGUCACAGAUAACAGCCUCCUUAAUUUUCAAAUUUUGUACAUAGAAACUUAUCAGAAUUCAAAUGUUCCUGUUAUCGUUUUAUCAAUUGCUCGAGUUUUUAUUAUAAUAUUUAUAUGUUUCUUGAGUGCAAAUAGAUUCUUAAGCGCCUCAGACGCGGAUGAGGUAUUUUUUAUAUAUCAGCAUUUUAUCAAUUACAAAAGUAGCAGAUAAAAAAAAUUAACUGAUGGCUAAUAAGUAUCGCUAUUUGCACUCUUGUUGGUUCAUAAAACAAUUGUAAGUAUCUCUUGAAGCUUGUAAAUA